CUCGGCUUCUUUUUCUUGCUCUACUCUCUCUCCCUUUUCUCGAUUUGCCCUGACGCUUCAAUCUGUUGUAAAACCUAAAUCUUUUCUCAAUACCCAACGUUAAUUUCCGGUUAGGGCGAAUCCAUAUUGUUUUCUUCACUGGGGUAAAGAAGUCGAGGUUGUUGUUCGAGAGGAUUUCCUUUUAUGGCGAAGGUAGCCGCGCGUGGCGCAUCAGCUACUGCUUCACUACAAAUCGGUGGGGACGCUCUCAAAGUUGGUCCAACAGUUAAAAGGAAGACCCCUUCGGAGCUCAGAGGGGAGCAGCUUAAGCAGACCAAUGUGUCUGAGCUUCUUAAUAAAUCUUUGGCCACAAGUGAGAUGGUUAAUUCAUUCAAAAAGUCAGAUCCACCAAGGAAUCCUAGAUAUAUUGACACCCGUAUGGUUGAAGUAUUUCCUGCCAAGAAAUCAAGGUUCAAACUGGUUUCAGGAAAAGAGAAUGCCAAGGAAAAUAGUUCAAUUGAGCUACCUAUUAGCCUAAAGAAGAUCUCUGCUCUUUCAAAUUCGGCUGCUGUGAGAAGGCAACAAUUUUCAUGUUCAAAGAAUUCUGUUUCUUCUGCUUAUGUUCCAAAAGAUGAUGUGCCCAUUGGCCAUAAAACACUUGAAAAAUGUAGUCAGGGUACAUUUCUUAGUGUUACUGAGCUUUCAUCAGGGGAUCAAAAGUUAUCAGGCUUGGCAACUGUUGACAUGGAUAAAGCCUUGAAAGGGCUAGCUGCUUGUGAAUCAAUCCUGACUAGACCUCCCAAGUCUUCUGAAGGUGAUCUUUCAACUGGAAACUUCUGCACUGAAUUCCAUGUGACUGGCCAGAAGAUUCCUCUGGAUUUUACUUUGAAAACUUACAUGCGAUUGGUGUCCUCAUCCUCAGUGAAUUGGUUAAAUAGGUCAAUGAUGUGUGCUACUUACAAUGGUAUGCCUCAAUUUACCACCAAUGCUGGUGCUUCAGAUGAUCAGAAUAUUAUCAGUGCUUCACAGCAGACUGAGUUCUCAAGUUUGAAUUCUAAAGCAUUACAUUCAUGGAUUUAUCCUCAAUCUACCUUACCACCAUCUCUCAUGUCAAUAUUGAUAUCAGCAGCAGUAGACGGAGUGGAAAUAGAUUUCUUAAGAAAGCGAAUAGGAGCAUGGGAGGAGUCAUUUCGGAGUCUUUACUAUAUGUUUCGGCAAAAUGUUUGUAGCAUCUUUUAUGUGUGCACUUCACAUUUUGUGGUAAUGUUCACUUCUUUUGAUGGUCCGGAAAGUAGAUCAUACCAAGCUUAUAUCUCCCAGUCAACUAGAGGUUUGAGGUCGUCACUAAAAGAACAUGAUGUUUCUUUUUAUAUGCCUCUUUGCCGUUCUCAAGUAGAACAAGUGACUACUGAAGAUCUCGUGGAGCUUUCAGAAAUAGAGAAGCAUAAUUUGGGCCAGACUCGACGCAUAAAUUCCUUCUCUGAUGUUGAUAACACUCCACAGUCUUUGCUGGCUUUCAGCGGAAAUCAGAAUGUACAUGGUUUGUAUGAGAUUUUGUUAAAUUAUAGAUCUUUCUUGACCUUUUUGAAUGCUGUGGAUGUUCCUGUAUUAUAUUCUCCUGCACCAUUUCAACAUGCUGCUAUUUCUGCUCCAGAGGUUAUAUGCAUGGAGAUCAAAAGAGCUGAUCAUGGUACUGCUCUUCCCCAAGGAUUCACCUUGAAUGAAGGUCAUUCGAUGCCAAUUUCAUCUGCUGGCCUUUGUUACAGUGUUGAAAUCAAAGAUUCACAUAUUCCCCCUUGGAUUAUCAGUAACAUAUGUUCUCUAAUGGCAUCUAAAGGACAAAGCUUUGAAGCAAGUUUUACAACGGAGCAUACUUCAGUUGGCUUAAAUAUUGCUCUCGGGCCGGUUUCCCAGAUAGCUGAUAGUGAUGCCACUGUCAGUGAGGACUCACAAGAAAUAACCAAUGAAUUUGGUAUUCCUGAAACGAUUAUUUCCCCUUACUUACAUUCAGGUCUACUGAAGGGCUUGAACUAUUGCAACGGAUCUUAUACAGCGUCUCUCUCACCCGUAUGACAUUUCAUUACUCGUAAUCUCGAGUAAACUAUAUUUUGUUGUCGAUGCUUCGUGUACCUUGGUUCCCUGGUCUGGUUUUGCUGAUUACAAUAGUGAAGUAACAGUUAUUGGAGAUAAGAAGAAAUAGCCUGGACUCCAGGAACUUUGCUUUCGGGUUUAUUGAAGGGCCUGAACUACCGGAACAGGUAGAGUUCAUAUAUUGCGACCUGCUCUAUCUAACCUGUAAUGACACUUAAAUACGCAGGAUGAUAUUUUGAGAAAACUACAUUUUGUUACUGAUGCUUCAGUUCCUUAAUUGUAUUUUGCAGUUUGUAUAUUGUG